CUAGACUUCAAAAUGGCGAAGGGAAAUAUGACAAAUUGCUGUUACUAUCUGAUGUACGUCUUCUCGUUCCUGUUCCUGCUAUGCGGCUGCGCCGUGCUGGGAGUAGCUCUAUAUCUGAGGUUCAAUCUGGAUUCGCGAACGAUCUUCGAAGCACUCGACGACUACUACAAAUCAGAUGAAAAGGCGAAUUAUCGUCACUAUCCUGAAAUCAAUAACGCAAUCCAGAGUCAGUUCUACUUCUAUUUCUGCUACGCUCUGAUGCUGAUCGGAGGCUUGAUCAUGUUUGUCGGGUUCAUCGGAUGCUGUGGAACUAUAUACGAGAGCUCAUGCAUUCUUUGCUUCUUCUCGUUUCUGCUUCUGCUGCUGACAAUUCUGCAAAUCGGAGCAGCUGGAUUGGGAUACUGGCAGAUUGAGUACAUCGACGAAGACCAAAAUGUCAUCCAGUCAUGGGUUGAAGAUGACAUGAAAUAUCUAGUCGAUAACUACCAAACUCACAAAACCGCUGUGGACACAAUUCAGCAGCGACUGAAAUGCUGCGGCGCGGAUGGUCCAAAUGACUACAUGACUGCUCCACCGGCUUCAUGCAGCAACAGCAACAUGGACACUUUUAUUACGGUUCAAUACUACGACGAAGGAUGUUCCCGAGCAUUCAUGGAUUUCCUCAAAGAGCGAAUCAUUGCGGGGAUGGCGGUGCUGUUCUGCGUGGGAGUAUUUGAGUUUGUGGGAAUCCUGUUUGCCUGCUGUCUAUGCUGCGGAAUUCGAGGACAAAAUGACUAUUCGACUGCUUAACUGCAUCGAACAGAAAGUCUUAAAAGGAGCGUUCUAUCAUUUUAAAAUCAGUCUUGCACAGAACUGAGUUUCUACAUCUAUCUCUAACGCUAAUAGGUUUAAAGGUUUUCGAUUUUUUUAUUGGAUUAAAUUUAAAAUUUUCA